CAGAGUAGAAGAGAAACUACAGUAUGGUGCUAGGUGUUUCCCAGGAGAGCGACUAAACCGGAGACUUGCAGGUCACUUGCAGAUUCGCAGCCAAAUGCGAAGCCAUAAUGACUUAUUGUCAGGUCGAUCAUUACUGUCAUGUUACAGCGAGGCAAAACAGAGAGCCCCAGCUGAAGGGCAUCGUCACACGGCUCUACUGCAGACACGGAUUCUACCUCCAGAUGCUGCCGGAUGGCACCAUGGAAGGCACAAAGGACGAAAGCAGCUCCUUUUUGCAGUUCAACUUGAUUCCUGUGGGACUCAGGAUAGUGGCCAUCCAGAGCACCAAGACGGGGCUUUACGUCGCCAUGAACAGCGAGGGCUACCUCUACACGUCGGAACACUUCACGCCGGAGUGUAAGUUUAAGGAGUGCGUCUUCGAGAACUACUACGUCACAUACUCGUCCAUCCUGUACCGGCAGACCCAGUCGGGGCGAGCCUGGUACAUCGGCAUCAACCGGGACGGCCAGGUCAUGAAGGGAAACCGUGUCAAGAAGACCAAGGGUGCUGCUCACUUCCUGCCCAAACUCAUCGAAGUGGCGAUGUACAGGGAGCCCUCCUUACACGACGUCGCCGAACAGAGUCCGCCCCGAAAAACGCCCAAGACCUCCAGUGACUCGCCCGUGCUUAACAACGGCAAGAAAGAAGCUCAGUCCAAAACCAAAACCUCCUCCUCCUAGCACAGAGACGCGGCGCGGAGGACAGGAUGGACGACGCGGGGCGGCGCUCACCAGCGGACAGCAAACCUUGACUCGGGAUGUGGACCUGAAACGUCCGGGUGUUCAAAGGUCCAUGCAGGGGGAUGCUGGGAAAGGGGAAGUCCCCUUUUGUCUUCUACCACACCAGCCCUCCACCUCUACGGUCAGCUGAACUCGGGGUGUAAUAGCAAUAACUCAGUGUAGAGCUGAACAGUGGCCUAGUGUUUUAAAGCAUGUCACCACAGCCUGUCUCACCAGCUGGAAGGACGCCCUCCGGCCGUCACGCCAGCGAGGAACCCUCCGGUCAACCAAAUAUCCCAGCAAGGUCUUCCUGGUUCCACCGCGACGGGUGCAACGAGAAAAUCUGUCCCCCUGCAGCACAUUCUUCACAAAUGGGUUUUUAUCUCCCUGCAGGGUUUUCAGCUAAUGUUAGCUUGACACAAAGCCAUGUUAAUGUGAGGCUGUCACACUGUUUCAGUUCUGCGGCCAUCUGCUGCGUCCACAUCUUCUGUUUGCGUCAGCAACUUUCAAAGAUGGCCUGAAUUCUCAUCAGGCUUGUGUGUAAAUGUGUGUGUGUGUAUAUAUUCCAGUGUUUUCCCUUCUUUUUCACUCACCUUUGGCACAAUUUGAUUAGUUUGUGACAUGGACUCAAUUUUCCACUCUGCGGCACAAUAAAACUCCCUCCCGUCCCUCCGGCUCUGCUAAUGGAGUCGGAGGCUGAUCAGAAUCUUUCAACCCUUAAACAAGCAGCCAAUCACUCCCUCGACACACUCCAUAAUCACACACACACACACUCAUAUGUAUUCUGUUGAACUUACAUAUGAAAAUGAUCUCAUGACCAUUACGAUGACAUGCAUUCAGUCAGUGGCAGCAGGUGAUGGAAGACAUAAUGAGUUGUAAUGGAGCUGCUGUGAUUGCGUUGCAAUGGCUUUUCUUUUACACAAACCCUCCAGGGCAACAUAGCAUCUGCAUGUCAUUGCUGCCAAACUAAAUAUGCUGAUUAUUUAUUUUUUUACGGAUCUACAAACGCGUGUCGAGCUGCAUAUGCAAAUUAUCGGAAACACUGUCAAAAGGUCAAGCAUUUUGUUGACCGUGCUCACGUCACUGAGCAUGUUGGAGUCGGUUCAAAUAUUAGUUUUGUGGAUAUUUAAUCCCCACAUCAAUCAGCUAGCGUCCAUUAGAACGGGAUGCUGUUUGAUUAUGCUGGUGAUGAGAAAAAUGGCAAGUCAUGCAGCUAUGCAGAAGGUUUCUUUUUAUUAAAUAGUUUAAGACAAAAACAUCAAGCGUAAAUAAUUCAAUUAGAGAAGUGGGUUGUUAUUGUUUCAGCGUUUAUUAUCAGGGGACAACGGACAAAUUCAAGGUGAAAAUGAUCAAAGGGGAGUCAAAGAAACUCAAUUAAGCCAACAGCUCCCAAAACUCAACCUAAUAAUUAUUUAAAUGUAAGCUAAUGGCCACCCUGAGUCAAGCUAAUAGCUAUGCAGUUGAGCUAACAACUGUUUAGUUGAGCUAACUGUUUUUGGAGUUAGCCCAGCUGCAUACAGACUUAAUCUAACAAUUACUGAAUAAGGGAAGCUAAUUGCUACUCAAAGCUGAGCUAACAGCUACCUGAAUUAAUAGCUUCUCAGAGUCAAGCUAAUUCAUCAGAGUUGAGCUAAUAACUAUCCAGAACCAAAUUUCUCAGAACCAAGCUAACGAUUUUUCAGAGUUGAGCUAUCAAUCACUCAGAGUAAAUCUAAUAGCUCCUCGUCAAGAAAACAGCUAACCAGAGUCAAACCAACAAUUUUCCAAGUUAAUACUUACUCGGAGUUAGCAGUCACUCCAAGUUUAGCUACCAUUUAUUCAGAGUCAAGCUAUCAGCUCCUAGUCAAGUAAACAGCUAUCCAUAGCCAAACCGACUAUUUGUUUAAGCUGAGCUAACAGCUACUCAUAGUUUAGUCUAUAGCUACCCAAAGUCAAAUUAGCAUUUACUCAAAAUUAAUGCUACAUUUAUAACAUGGUGCAUUUCGGUUUGUAAACAGCCUCCAGGGGAAACGAGGCAUUAGAUUCAAGCUAGCAUUUACUCUCAGACUCAAACUAGCAGCCCAAGGUCAAGGUGACAGCUAAACAAUUGAGCUAACAGCUAACUAGAGUCAAGCUAACAUCUACUUAGAGUGACGCGACAGCUGCUCAGAGUUUAGAAGUUGUCUAGUAGCCAUUUAAAGUGGCACUAGGGACUAAUUACAAUCUUUCUAAUAAAGACUGUUUUAGAAUCUUCAUUAGAUUCCAGGACCUGUUGGAAGAAAUAUUUCCCAACUCUGAAACCCUUUGUCACUCUAAUUGAGCAAGUUCUCUCUAAUAUUUUAUUAUUUAUCCAACAUUAAGAACCAAAGUUUCUUUCACAUUCAAGGUAACUCAAUUAUUGUCAUAACUGGGGUUCAUGUAGAUAAAUUUAAGGGCUGGAUCAUGUGCAUGAGCCUCAAGGGACGGCAGUGACUUUCUUUUUUAUGGUCUUAUUACGUUUUUAUUGUCAUCAACAUUGAUAAAGAAGUGAAUUUUUUAGCAGUCUAGUUUUACAGUGUGGUAAUAAUGUUCAAGGUGAUAUUUCACCUAUGUGGACUUGAAAAAGUGUUGAAACUGGUCAACUUUCCCACAAACUUUACUCUACAUGACCUCCAGACAUUUAAACAUUAUUAACAAAAUUUAAAACUUAAAUCUAUACUGUUUAUGUAGGAUUUUACAAAAAAUAAAUAGAUGUCAUCAAAUGGCAUGAUGGGAACUGGAGACAUAAUUAAAUCAUUUUUCCACAUUAAACUUUCUUGGUACAAUUUGAUCAAAAGAGUAAUUGUUUAUAGCAUAAAAGUAAUGUAUCAUAGAAAAUGAGUGGAAGUAAAGCAACGUAGAAGAAAAAUAGAUUGGGUAAAGGAGGCAAAAGGACAUUUUAUAGAGGGUAAUUAGUGAUGAUAAGCAGAACAAAAAAAGAUUGAAGAGGGAAUUACUGCACUGGACGGACGCUCUUUUUUGCACGUUUCUCCUUCCAUGCAUAAUCUUUUGCUCCCUUGAACCUGUAGUUGUAAAUAAUAAUAAGUGAUAACCAAAUCAGGCAAAGCGCUGAGCUAAGUAAUCUGCUACCUGGGAGAUAAAGCUUUCCAGAGGAAAUCGAGGGCAGUUCGGUGAUGAAUAAAAAAUUAGAGAGGGAAAUAUAUUAGGAGACAAAAUGAGGAAGCAAAGAAGAGAGAAAAGAGUUUCAUAAUUCAGCAUCUAUUGAUUUCUUUUUUUACUGCAUUUAAAACCUAUUUUAAUUAAGCACCAGCUUUGGUUUGCUUGUGUUUUAACGCACGGCUUCUACGGAUCUCUAUGUUCAAUGCUUUGCUAAGUAAUUACUUAAAUGUUUAAUUAAAUGCUAAGAAUCAUGUCCUCCACUUCAUUAGGUUAGUAUAAACUGGGUCUGGAUAAUGCUUGGUAGAUAUAUGGAAAUAAUUAAUCAAAAUGAUCGUAAUCUCAUUGUGAAGUUGGGAAAUCAAAUUUGCUUCAAGUUUGAGAAAACCUGCCAAAGGCUGAAGGUUUUGUUUCAGAGAUUUAUUUUAUUUUAAACAAAAGUCGCAUAUCAAAUUAAAUUUACAGGAUUUAUCAGAGAUAUUUUAUCCACAGACUUCAGAUAAGCAUAAAUUUUUACCUGUAAAGACAUUAAUUAAACCCAUGUGACAUGUUAGCAUUGCAAAGAAUAAUGGAUAUUACUAAUAGAAAUUAAAAAUAGCUGUUUUGUUUAAGAAUGAUUUGCCAUUAGCUUAACUUGUAGCUGUUAGCAUGAUUCUGAUCACUUCGUUUAGAUUGACUCUUGUUAAGUAAAAGGUAAGUUUAGCUGUUAGCGCCAUUAACAGCUUAAUUCUGACAUAGUUAAAACUUAACUUUGCAGUUUCACAUUGAACCACUGUUUACUCUGAGUAGCUGUGAGCUUGAUGUUAGUUUAAGUAGGAGUUAGCUUGAUUCUGGUUAGCUGUUAGUCUGAUUCUGGUUAGCCGUUAGCCUGAUUCUGCUCUCGCUCUGUUAGCUUUGAGCUGGACUGUUAGCUUAACUACAAGUAGCUGUUAUAUUUUGAGUCUAAUUUUAACUCUUAGCUGGUAACAACUAAGAAUCAUGUCAAAAGGCCAAAUUUUUAAGUUACUGGCCUCUCUAUGUUAACUCUGCACUGUUCUGAUUUAUAUUUAAAAGCUGUAAUAUAUAUAAAACUGCAUUCAGCUUAUUUUAUUUUAAGACAAAGUGGACAUUUUAAGCUGUUAAUAGCAUCAUAUAUUAGCAUUUAGCAUAAUGUAGAUUCUUACCUUGAAUCUAAAAUCUCCAAAGGCUACCAACAUUUCUAAAUCUGGCACAAGUAAUUUUUCAAUAAACUCUUAAAAUGAUGCAAAAAAAAGAAGACAAUGCGAAUUAGCUGUGUUCCCGGGUUCUGGUUUGAAGCACAUCAACCGGGCUACACAAAGCGUGACGCUACGCAUGACUGUAGUAAACAGGAAGCAGAGGAUGAAAACUAGCAUGGACCUUAGAAAAACAUAGAGUCCUUCUCCCUGAGUCGGAGGUUUGGACAUUUUUCUGAGUUUUGUUCGUCUGUUCCACCAGCGGGUGGGACAGAGGAACAAGGUUCUCUACACAAAUUAUUCGGCAAAAAGCCAAAAACCAUCUGAAGUGAAAGUAAAAACUUGUCUGCAAAAUUAAAGAAGGUUUUUUGUUGUUCAAAUUUUGCUGUCUCCAUCAACUGACUCUUUAAAAUUAUAGAUCAAAUGGCGCCCCCUAGCUGUAAUGCCUUUGGCCUUCCUGUUAUCUACCGGUAGUUUCUCUCUCCCAGCUUGAAUGAAUCUCGUGCAUUUCAGCAGUAAAUACAUAUUUUUAAAUAUGUGACUGUGUGAUUGGAGGGUUAUUGAUUUAUUUUGAUGAUCACAUCAUGACACAUUACUGGACCAUGUGUUGCGAGUGGAGUGCAUGAUUGCAUGAGCGUCGUUUUGCCUCCCUAAACCUUCAAGCGAGUCACAUCAUGUAAAGUUUCUCAUUAUUUACCACCUUUAGUGUCUCCGGGCUUCAGACUCCCAAAACGUUAAACAUCGAGUUUGGCGUUCCCGUUUGUCCGAAUGAAAGGAGUCGGCGUGAGAGGCUAUCGAAAGCGAGUUAAAUGAUGUAUAUCUGAUUCAGCCCCUCUCUUCACGCGCACCUCUCUCCCCAGAGACUCCCUUCACUCCUGUUUCUCUCGAGUCAGGGCCUCCCUCUGCUUACAGAGCGAAUUGCAGCUGCAGAGAGGGAGGGUCACGCACGGCUUUUCUGUUUUCGAAGGACUCAGAGAGGCGCCAGCUUCCAAUAAAACCCACCUUCCCUUUAACCUGGAGGCAGAGCGAAUGUGCGAGACGCCUGGUGUGAAAUUUUUGUAAACAUGUGAGAAAUUGAAAUCAAUACGCGCGGCUCCUUGGGCAGAAAGCAAUAAAGUUCAUUAACAAGGUGCAGCCACAUCAUCUGGAGGAAAAAAGUGUGUGUAUUUAUUGCAGCUUUUAUUUUUUUCCCAUCGCUUUGUCCCUUUCGGUGUGGCAGCUGUUUAAGUGUGCGUGCAUUAGUUUGAGGUGGAGUCCCUCCGCAACAUCUGCAAUGCAGCAGAAAACACAAAAAAAAAAGAAAAGGAGAGAGAGAGGAAGAAAGAGGCUCUGACUCAGACCGACUUUUGGUUUAGCUGCUUCAUUAAAGUGCUUUUAUACUGGAAUCCAGAGUGCCUACUGUCACAUCCUGUGUAGCAACAGAUUAACUUGACAUGAAUGCAUUUUUAAGGCACAUCUGCAUCGCGCUCAUCCACCAGGACGACGGCCGGGGAGGGACUCCACCUCUUAGCAGCUAUCGCACUUUAAUUUGAAACUUUUCCUUACCUCUGCCUGGGUGUUUUGACUAUAAUUUAAGGCAAUAUGGAUUGUGAUGUUGGUAUUUAUCGGUGGAAUUACUGUGAAUUGUGUCGACAUUAUAAUUCCAUGUUCAGUCUAGAUAUGUGUGAUUUUUUUGGGGGGGGGUGUCUAAAGUCAUGCUGAUCUGGUUUUACUGACGUUUAAAAUUGUGUGAAUUUAACCUCAAGUGCACAAAAAGAAACAUCAGGAUCCUGUCUGACUUUAUUUAUCAAACCAGAACCCAGCCGAAAUGGACUGAAAGAACCGUUAGAAGGCGUUUUCUGUGUGUUGGCCCACUUAUUCAGUACGUUGAAGGUCCCAUUGUAAAACCUCAAGGUCUGGAGUUUGACUGGACCAUUGUGGCGCCUUGAUUAUUUUCUUUUUCGGCCAUUUUGCUGCAGGUUUCUUGAUUCUGGGACGAUAGUCCUGUUUAUGACCAAAUUGUAGCAUUAAAAAAGGAAAUUACACAAGGUGCGUUUCCAUUGCAAAUAUCAAUAUUCCACUAAUGACGGAAAACAAACUCACAAUUUUGGUGUUUCCAUUAAAUAAAUGAAAUAAAAAUUACGUGAAUAAGUUUGUUCACGCCAUCCGUCACUGAAAAAACACGCAGCGCCAUUAUCCUUUAGAACCAAACCAACAUGAACUGGACCAACUCUUGUUGGUUUCAAAACGUUGGGAACCAAAGAAUCUAAAGGUUUUGGAACCAAACUGGGUUGGUUUGUGUUGGUUCCAAAGUGUUUGGUUUGGUACCACAAUGCCGACAUGGACAUAAAACGUUCCUUUUGAACUUCUUCUUCGUUUAUUAAAUAUAGCCAGUGUGGAUCCUGUUGACUGUUUAUUGUGUAGUCUUGAAGUUAAGAAUGCAUUAAUUUUAAAAGCAGGUAAAGAUAAAAUAGUUUUCCUAAUUCUCUUACAUUAAAAGAGGGUGUACUUUCUUUUCACCAUGUGUUUUCCCUCCACGUUGUGGCAUAUGUGAGGAUGAAACCUUAACUUAUAGAGGAAACGUUUCAUACUGACCAAUAGUCAUCAGUCUGCAAACACCUUCUUCAUGUUAUUAUUUUCUUUCAACUGUUGUGUGAGUCUUCCAGAGAAACCGUAAAGAAAUCACUGCAAAUGUUUUGUUUCAAUUCCCGUCUUCCAAAUGCAAAAAGAGUGCUUCCAGUUAUCAAAGCCACAAUGAGACUAUUUUUAUAUCCUACUGGGGCAAAAAAGUACAUAUAUCUAAAUAUAUUCCUUCUAUAUAUGUGUAUCCAUGCAAGCGUGCCGGGGGAAACGGGGCGACUCUUCCUGUUUCCAGCUGGGUGGAAAAACGGCGCUACUCUCUGCCAUCCAGACCUACAGAUCAUUGGGGAAAAAGGAGCUAAAAGGGGAUCAUAGAGAGAGCCCUGGAGCUCAGACUGCAUCCAAGUGGAGGGACUGUGAGCAUGCAUGCGCUGAUCAUUUACUGGACAGGAGUUACCCAGUAUUUACUCUUUGACCCCCUUUAACCACCUAAUCUUCUUCUCACUCUCUGCAUUUGCAAUAUGAUCUGUAUUUAUUUCUAUGAUAACUUACACAAAGUCAACGGAGAUGUAUUAUUGGAUAUAAUUGAAUAAAACAAACUAAUAUAUUUGUAUGAUUGUAA